AUAUAACAGAGGUCAGCAGAGAGAGGACAAUACGGCUCUCUGUCCUGCUUUCUGCGUUGCUCCUGAGAAAGCGACACAUUGAAGAGAAGACUCACAAUGGCAUCUAUGGGGAAAGAGGUUCUAGGAUUGGCCCUGGCCAUCAUCGGAUUUCUCGGGGUCAUCAUUGUGUGCGCCCUGCCCAUGUGGAAGGUGACUGCCUUCAUCGGAGCCAACAUCGUGACAGCGCAAAUCAUCUGGGAAGGCUUGUGGAUGAAUUGCGUGACCCAGAGCACGGGGCAGAUGCAGUGCAAGGUCUACGACUCCAUGCUCGCCCUGCCCCAGGACCUGCAGGCCGCCCGCGCCCUGGUCGUCAUCUCCAUCAUCGUGGCCUUCUUCGCCAUCCUGCUGGCUGUGGUCGGGGGACAGUGCACCAACUGCAUUGAGGAUGAAGCUUCAAAGGCAAAGGUAACCAUCGGCAGUGGCAUUGCCUUCAUCAUCGCUGGUGUCCUCUGCCUCAUCCCAGUCUGCUGGUCAGCUAAUACAAUCAUCCGGGAUUUCUACAACCCUCUGCUGACGGAAGCCCAGCGCAGAGAGCUGGGAGCCUCACUGUACAUUGGCUGGGGAGCUGCUGGUUUGCUGAUCCUAGGUGGUGGCCUGCUGUGUACCACUUGCCCCCCCAAGGAAGACAAGGGCUACAACGUUAAGUACUCCCAGCCAAGAUCUACAGCUAAUAGCAAGGCAUAUGUUUAAGAGUGGUGGUCAACACCGGAAAUCAUCCACAACCAUCAAUCGCUUUAUUUUUGGCGUUUCCUUUGUCAUUCACGUUUUGUUUUUUGUACCGAGUUAAAAACUCCGAUUAAAAUACGGACAUAUGGACGUCGUGUGGACUCAUAAGCCGAGUUCUGUAAAAUGACAAAAAUAAGUGUUUUGUACAGUGGACGGGACUAUUGUCA